UUUGGAGUGAGAGAUACAAGGGGAGUGGAUCAGAUGCAUGUCACUUUACUCACAGCUGGUCCAGUUUUGGUUAGCCUUAUAGGGUAAGUUACCAUAGAAACCCGCUAAAAACCAAUCCACCUUCAUGAGCCCGAAAUAACAGAGUUUGCGCAAACUAAUCUUGAACUUAUCUGGGUAGAAACUGAAACCAGCUUUGUGCAACAGGCCACCAGUAACCCAUGCUGAUUCAUUUUAUUUGACUUUUUAUUUAUAUUUUUAUUUAUUUUGGUAGACAACAACUUGCUACACAAAAGAUUUUACAGUUGCAAUCAAGCAUAAAGGUGCAACAUUCUGAACAAUGGCACAAAAAUAAAAAAAAUUGAGUAGCUGACUAUAAAUAAUCAAUAGAUAGUAUUUUAAAAAGUUCAUAAACAUUAUAAAAGGUAUAUUUUCUGUUAUCUCCAUUGUCAUUGUGUUUAAAUAUUAAAUUCAACAAUUAAAAUAUUGAGUAUCAGAAUAAAUGAAGUCUUUAUCAAUGUCACCGAAAGACAUUUUCCCAAUUUGCAUAUGUUAAGUGUUGUAGACACUCCUUUUUACCUCACACACCUGAGUAAAAUUGCGUAACGUUACGCAAUUACGCAAUAGAGGCUGAAACAAAAUAGUCCACUCAUAAACGCGUCAUGUACAGACUGAUGACAUUAUGACUUCGUUUGAACUUUAAAAACGAUUACACCUUUCCUCUUCAAACAUUAACAAUGACAAUGUUCACGUAAUUUCAGAAAACUUCAUAAUGUUUUAUUUACUUUUUACGGACAAUUGAAAGCAGCAGCAGCAUAGUUUCAGGCAGUGUGCGCUGACCACGCCCACAGUGACAGUCUGUGAGACUCCCGCUCUCCUCCCUAAAACUCUCAAGAUCAAACUUCACUGAAGUUCCUUCAGCAGACACUUCACCGAGAGUCGCUUAGUGUUUGUGGAGUCACGCCGGAUUUGAGAGAUACGUCGAACUUCUAAUGGAGAGUGAACUGAGAACCUGACGAGUCUGUCACUGUCAUAGUUGUUUUGAUAUAAAGAUGGCAAGGAAUAACGUUUGCUACCAUGACCAGCGCAUGGACUUUUUCUACAACAACAGCAACACAACCUCAGAUGAAUGGGAUAAAACGCAGCUCAUCCUGGUUCAGUGUGUUGGAUCCAUCUGCUGUUGCUUCAUCCUAGUGGCCAACGCCAUGAUCAUUGCAGCGGUGGUGACAAACAGAAGGUUUCACUAUCCCUUCUACUAUCUCCUCGCCAAUCUCGCCGCCUCAGACUUUCUCGCUGGGAUCGCUUACGUGUAUCUCAUGUUCAAUACAGGGAAAAUAUCUCGUGAUCUAACGGUUCAAGCCUACUUCUUUCGGCAGGGUUUGCUGGAUGCGAGUCUCUCCGCUUCCCUGACCAACCUCCUAGUGAUCGCACUCGAGCGCUACAUCUCUAUCAUGAACUGGAAGGUCCACAGUAACCUCACCAAACGUCGAGUGACCCUGUUGAUUGCCCUUGUGUGGGGUAUAUCGAUAUUCAUGGGGGCCGUGCCUAGUCUGGGCUGGAACUGCGUCUGUAGUCUGGACUUGUGCUCCAAACUGGCUCCCAUAUUUAGCCGGAGCUACCUAAUCUUCUGGUCCAUGUCCAACCUGGUGCUCUUUCUCAUUAUGGUGGGCAUAUACUUGAGGAUAUACCUCUAUGUGAUGAAAAAGACUGCAGUCUUGAAGGCGCACACUUCUGGAUCUAUAAAUCGUAAGAGGACGCCAAUCAAACUCAUCAAAACUGUGAUGACUGUACUAGGAGCGUUUGUGAUCUGUUGGACCCCUGGACUUGUGGUUCUUCUCCUGGAUGGACUCAAGUGUGAAAGAUGUGAGGUCCUGAAAUUCAAACGCUGGCUGCUGCUCCUCGCCGUCCUCAACUCCGUCAUAAACCCGAUCAUCUACUCCUACAGAGACGAGGAAAUGUGGACCACCAUCAAGAACUUGAUGUGCUGCGUUCGCAUCGGGACGAGGCGACAGAGGUCGUCCAAGGCCAACAUUCAACGCGGCUCAGGUCGGGAGACGAGCAGCAGCCUGAAAGAGAAUACAGCAGAGGACAGCAAGGUCUCCACACAGGAGAUGCUGAAGUCUUGAAGGUGGGCCGGACUCGUUUGGAUUCCACGAUGACCAUUUUUAGCAACUCGAUGUGCCAUUGCUCUGAAAUUCUCCCACAGACUGCUCUCAGAGACGAAAAGUUAGACCAGAACUCAAUGGGAAUUUAAUGACAGUACAAAGCAAUGCACUUAGACUUGUGCAACUUUUAUUGAUAGUCACCCACAUAGACGCCUCCCUGCAACAUGUCCGAGCAUGUGCACUACCCACCAGGCCACAUCUUCAAUAGCAAUGCACUUGUAAAGUUUCACUUUACCUCAUUAAUUCAGCUUUUGACAACCGUUUUUCAGAAUCCUCAACAGCUUUCAUUAGUACUCUGUACUGGUGUAAAGUCUGUGUGAAUCUGUUGAUUACUUCCUAAGUUUACUGUACUGUAUAAAAGGAGUCCUGUCAUUUUUUUUUUUUUAAUCUUAAAAUGGAUGUAUGUAAUAUGUAGAUCAUAUGUAGACAUGUUGUAGAUAUUAAUGUAAGCAUUUGAGUGAUUUCAUAUGCAUUUCAGUCUUCAUAUGUAAGAAUAAUGACUUUUUAAAAGUGUGUACUGUAUAUUGUCGAUUACUAUCAUGAUUAUGUGGUCCUACAUGAUUAAGUGGUCAAUUAUACAAAUGUAAAUACAUAACGGUACUGCUAAUUUGUGUUUGUGGUUUCAUGUGUAAAAGAUAAAUAUACCUUUUAUAGCAAAUGUUAAAAGUAAAGUCGUGGUUAUAUUGGUGUUGUUAAAGUGCUCAUUAGAGUCUUUACUCACUGAAGAUUCACUUUGAGUGGGAUAAAGAAAGUCUUCAUCAGUUUCUCUAAUUAUGAAAUAAAUUAACAAUAAUUUGUCAUACAGUAUUUACUGCAGUUAUUAAGAUGAAUCCAAAAGUAAAUGAAAUGAUAAUUUCAUUGUGUUCCUGAACUAAAAUACAAUGAUAUUUAAAAAAAGCUUGUAUGUAAUUUAUUUUAUGUUUAUUUUAUUCUUGUGUUUUGUGUUAUGGAAGUCUGUUUCCACAUCAAAUUAAAAAUAAAAAAAUCUCAAAA